UAAAUUAUCCCAUCUGCCUUUUGCCUCUGGGCUUUUUCCUUCUCUUACUUCUGUGGUCUUACUUUCUCUCCUACCCCACGGCUGGCUGGGUGGCUGGCCCCUUCUUUUCUCCCUCCUUCAUCUCUCUGGUUUCUCUCUUUUUCCUUCCAUUUUUUCUCUCAGCCUGUCAGCCUCACCUAUCCGUCCUCCUGCUUUGCUGUUGACCAGUCAGCUCUUUAUUAGCCCAAUCAGGUGUUUUAGACAGGCAAAGUAACAGAGCCUCGCAGAGUUAAACAAAUGCCACAUAAAAGAGCGCAGCCCAUCUUUGCAUCGUUAAACAAAUGUUCUGCUUCUUCUACUUCGGGAAAACGCCAAGUGGCGGAUGACACCGGUGCAGCGGGAGGGCCUGGGGGCCCGGGAUUAGGCGGCCAUGGCAGCGGUCUCAGGGGCCUCGGUUGAGGCUGUGGUUGAGGCCUCGGGGCUCGGGGAGGUAAAGCAGAGACAAGGAGUGGAUCCCCAUCACCAGGCUGGGCCGCCUGGUUAAGGACAUGGAGAUCAAGUCCCUGGAGGAGAUCUACCUGUUCUCCCUGCCCGUUAAGGAAUCUGAAAUUAUUGAUUUUUUUCUGCCCGCAUCCCUAAAGGAUGAGGUUCUAAAAAUCAUGCCAGUACAGAAGCAGACUCAGGCUGGCCAGCGGACCAAGUUCAAGGCUUUUGUUGCUAUUGGGGACUACAAUGGUCAUGUUGGUCUUGGUGUUAAGUGCUCCAAGGAGGUAGCCACAGCCAUCCAGGGGGGCCAUCAUCUUGACCAAGCUUUCCAUUGUUCCUGUAUAGAGAGGCUACUGGGGGAACAAGAUUGGCAAGCCCCACACUGUCCCAUGCAAAGUGACAGGCCGCUGUGGCUCUGUGUUGGUGCCUCUCAUCCCUGCUCCCAGAGGCACUGGCAUCGUCUCUGCUCCUGUGCCCAAGAAACUACUGAUGAUGGCGUUGUUGACGACUGCUACACAUCAGCCAGGGGCUGCACUGCCACCCUGGGUAACUUUGCCAAGGCCAUCUUUGAUGCCAUCUCCAAGACCUACAGCUACCUGACCCCCGACCUCUGAAAAGAGACUGUGUUCACCAAGUCUCCUUAUCAGGAAUUCACGGACCAUCUUGUGAAAGCCCACACCAGAGUCUCUGUUCAGAGGACCCAGGCUCCAGCUGU